GCAAUGGCCAAUCAGAGGUGUUCAGAUGAGUCAUCGCUAACAUGCAGGUGGUGUUUUCUUCACGCGCACAGACUGAACACCUCUUUCUGGCUAAUUCUCUUGUUAGAAACAACAAGCAGCAGAUGUGUGUAUGAUAUCUCCAGUCCAGUAGGUGGACCGUAAGUGUGGCGCUGGUACGUACCACGAGAAGAAGAAGAAGAAGAAGAAGAAGAAGAGCAGCUGACUGACUGAAUAUAUGUCAAAAUGAGGUUCCGCUUUUGUGGAGACCUCGACUGUCCUGACUGGGUCCUUGCAGAAAUGAGCACCUUAGCUAGAAUGUCGAGCGUCAAGAUGAAACUUCUGUGCGUGCAAGUCAUUAAAGAUCUGCUCGAUGAAGGCAUCGAUUAUGACAAAGUUUCAAAACUAACCUCAGAUGCAAAGUUUGAAAGUGGAGACAUUAAAGCCAGUAUAGCAGUGCUGAGUUUCAUUCUGUCCAGUGCUGCUAAGCAUGACGUGGACAGUGACUCUCUCUCCAGUGAACUUCAGCAGCUUGGCCUCCCUAAAGAGCACACCACCGGAUUGUGUAAAUCAUAUGAGGAUAAACACAGCGCUCUACAGGAAAAGCUGAGGGAGAUCAGUUUGCGCUUGGGUCGUCUGGAAGCAGUGAACUGGCGGGUCGAUUACACCUUGAGCUCCAGUGAACUGAAGCAAGUGAAUGAACCCACAGUCCAGCUCAAACUUCAGGCUCAGGACCCCGAGACAGACUCCACACAGACCACUGUAGUCUCCAUCACUGCUGACAAGUUCAGAGUACUGCUAACAGAACUCAAACAAGCACAGACUAUGAUGAAUGCACUACAGUGAACCAGUCAGCAUUUGUUGAAUAAUAUUGCUGAACUGUGCACAGAAUCUGUUUGUGUUUAUAAACUGUGCUUCUAAAAAAAAAAAAAAAACUAACAAUAUGCAUUUUGUAAGCCCUUCAUAUGAUUAGGCAAAAUGUUGACUAAUGUUGCUCAAAUUGAGCAACCGACUUUUUGGACCAAAAGUCACUAUAAGUGGAAUUUGUCAUCCAAGAUAAACUGCUCUUAGUGAUUCACCUCACCUCAUGUAUUUGUCUUAAAAAUGUUAAUAUCAUGUGAAUUUUGAAGAUGUUUUUUUUUACCUCUUGAACUUGAGUAUAUCUAUUCAGACCAGUUGGAAAACUUCAGUCUUGGAAAUACGCUGGUUUCCUCAGGGGGGAAACUGUAUAUUAACUAUUUCAAUUGAGAGUUUGGUUUAAAGUAAAUAUUCAGACUGUACACGGGUUCCCAGAGUAAGAAAAAAAACCUAGAAAUAAACUACAACUCCCAUGA